AUGAAAGUACGCCUGGAAGUGUUGGCGUCCACUUGUAUCAGACGCAAGAAACCAUGGCCUCGGAUUGUCUGGCUUGGGAAAGAAAAGGAGAGUCUGUUCUUGCUGGAUGAUAACCGUGUCAGUGUCUUGUAUGUUCCUUCUGGCAAGACCAAGAGAAACCUACAGAAGCUGUCCAGCAUUCUCCCCCAGACAGUUUGUUUGGCCCCAACAUCAGACGGUUCAUAUUUGGUGGGUGUGCAGUCAUCUGGAGAGGUGUUCGUGUGGAACAAGGACAGGGAUGAGCUGAAGACAAUAGUUGGACUAGCUAGCCUUCUGGUUGAUGGGGAGCUCACUCCAAGAGAUGGAUGCCAAGUCUUUCCCUCUCCUGGCUGCUUCCACCUUCUCCUGGUGCUUGGAGGCAGACAUGUGUUUCUGUGGCAGAGGGAAGCAGACGCUAAUGACUCAAAGAACAACACAUUGUGGGGCAAGUGGUUUCGUAUCAGAUCCUCCAGCAGUAUUGAAAUGCCUUCUGUGGACUGCAAGGAAGUUAGCAUGCAUGCAGUGUUCACUUCUACCCAGGCCUUUGGUGACUGCUGCCAGUUGAGUGUGGUGUUCAACCAACAAGGAAACAUAUGUGUGACAUCCCUGCUCAUCCAGUUUAACUCAGACAUGACUUCCAGCCAACAACCAUCAGUAUCACCACCUGCAAGCUUGUGGACACAUUUCUCUAAACCGCUUAGUGCCAUACAGCCAGACUGGGAACCAAUCAACUUACAGGGAGCCUAUACUAGCCAGUACAGCCAUGAUGGCCAGAUACUAGCUGUUGGAGUCAACCAAAAGUCUCCAGCACACAGCAGUGUAGUCUUCUUGUCGACUUUCACCAAAGCCUUGCUGCUGUCAGACUUGAAGGGGUGUGGCCUCAAGAACCCCAGCAGCAAGAGGGGAAGGCAAUACUGGAUCUGUGACAUGGCCUGGACCAUUGACAAUUUGUUUCUUGUAAUAAUGCUGCGCAAUGGAUCCGCAGCCCUGUUAUCUCGGUUGUGUGACCCUUUGGUCCUGUUCUCCAAGGGAUCCUCUGUUGAACUGGGGCCAGCAUACUUUCUGACCUUCAGCCCUCUGAUUACUGUGCAGUCAGACAAGAAGCCAGAUAGGAUUGCUCAUGAAACAAACCUGGCCGCGAUCUCAGAACUUGAUCCUAUGCAUCAAAGAUUUUCCGUGACCACCCAUCCAUCGCUCCCUAUUGUCCUGUUCUCCGAUGGUCUGAUAGUAACGAUUGCUCAGCUGCCCAGUGAGCUGAAUCCUAUGGUAUUCAUGAGAGACCUGGUGUUGGAAUCUUCCUCCUACCUCAGACAGGUAGCAGAGACCCAUCGCUUGGAUCUGACCCUGCCAAAUGCAUACAACCUUCCCGCAGCAGAUCUGGAGGGUGUCACAGUUUCUGUACAUAAACACAGUAAGCCAGGAGUGAGUGAGGAAUAUCAUUACUCAUUUGAAGAGGCAAGUAUGACCUUAAACGAGACACAGGAUAGUGUCAGUUUUGCUCUGGGGACUCAGGAUCCAGGAAGUUGCCACAUGGGCGUCAUCCAGAACAUGAGCUCAGGCAAAAUCAUCUUUGGGGAGCCAGAUCUUUCAGUGCUUCACGGAUCAUUUCUUGACGAACCAGAUUCUACGUUGAAGACGUUACAGCUAGCACAAGGAAAUCUGUUUGCUGUGUGGAAAAUUGCAGCAUCCAGCAGCGAGCAGUGGUCGGCAAACAUGGACAAGAUUCUCAACCAUGCUGUUCACAACAUCAUCAAGUUCUUUUCUCUAGUACUCAAUUGUGCACAGGUCAGAGAUCUGUUGGAUGAAGCUGCUGACCAGUCUGUGAAGUCAUCCGUCCACACGACAAGUUUGUUUAAGGUGGUGUCACUGUACAGGCAGUUGCUGGAUCUUCUGCAGUUUGACUGUCUGCAGCGACAUUUGCUGACCCACGUCUUCCAGCUGUCUCACAAGACUUUACAGACAAUCCUCUCUAGUGCAGCACUCUGCCAGACUGACCCCAGGAUCAAGACCCUCACAGGCUGUUUCACACUGCUGCAGUUCUCAGAGAAGAACCUACAGGAUGUAUAUAUUUCACUGCCAAGGAUUCUUCAGUCAGUUGCUGAGAAUGUGAAGACAGGGACAGGAGAUGAGGAGAAACUUGGUCCUGGAGGAGAGUCAGUCAAUUGCAGUCCGGAGCUGAGUUGGGUAAAAGGUCAGGAGCUGACUUCAUCAUGGAAGCUUUUAUACAGAUCUGUGAACCAGUUUAUUGACAGUGAUGAAAUGACUGCUGCCGAUGUUGGCCGAGCCCAAGCUUUGAAGUCAGCCAUUGAACAGCACCUGAUUGAACUUGAUGUGGACAUCCCCACCGUGCCAGUGGCUAACAUCAACAGUGGUGAAAGACUAAGCUUGGAUGGCAAACAUACUCUGGCUGUGGAUGCGUGGAAAGAUCAGCUUAAACAGUAUCGAGAAAAUGGUAGUAUGAAGAAUGCAAGUCAACUGUUUCAUUCGCUCCUGUACACCUACAUCCUGCGGAAUGAUUUUGUGGCAGCCAUUGCUUUUGUAGAUGACCUGAUUGUGAAAGCCAAUCCUAGCCUAGCUGCUGACCUUCAACCCCAGCAGAAGAUGUCGAGCCAUGACCUCAAGGCUUCUGUCUUGUCUGUAGUUGCCAGCACAUUGAGAACACAGGCACUGCAUGACCCAGAUAUGAUGCCUUGCAUACGAGACAAGACCAUACGCCAGCUGGUUCAGUCCAUGGCCAGGUUUAUGGCUGCUUAUUUCAGUAAUAACCUGAUCUUCAUCUUCCCACCACACAAUCCUGCACCGCUGCCACCUGUUCAUUUGGAAACAUCUAACACCAUGAUCUACACUGUACCUAGAGCAGCCACUCAUGUCUUGUGCAAACACUUGCUCUGUCUUAUAGACACCAGUGAUCUACACCAACCCAAGAGGCCCCUGUCUUUGCCUGAUUGGCUCACUCCUGACUCUAUCAUGAAAAGGAAGCUGGAGGUAUUGGUCAAAGAUGAUGUGAAACUAAUGAAUGACAGCUCAGAUCUGACAUACUUGACCAAUGUACUCAAGGACAUUUCACUGUCAGGAAUCAUGGGCUCUGUUGAGGUUGGUCCCUGGCUGCUGGAGCAGUUGGUUGAAAAACUUAAGUCGGUUGUCAGGCAGUUGCCUCCUCUUGUUGCUAAAGACUUUUACUUACCAGCACCGCCCCUCUUCCUACCACAACCUGCUGUCGGAGAACAGGGACAUAACUCUCAAGAGGCAACAGAAGAAAGAACCCAGCGUGCAAAGGCAUCCUCCAUCAUCCGUUUAGCCUUGUGUGUGAUGGAGGCUGCCAACUUCUCACUAGCAGCAACCCAGUGGUAUGUGUGUGCUCUGGCUGAAGCCCAGAAGAAAGCCUUACAGUUUAAGGUCAGCAUUGAGGGUCCAUGUGUUGAUCUUCCAGAUGCCCUGUACCAGUACUUGGAGAUGGACACUGACCAUGUGUUGUUCACUAGCACCUCUGAUGAUGACCCAUCAGUGCGGUCAGUACUGUCCAGCUUCAGGGACCUGUGUUCACUGGUCUGGUUAUUGCACGCCCGAGACAAGCUUUCACUGGCCCUGCGCUCCAAAGAAAAACUCUUGAAUCUUGGACUUGAUGUAGAAAAUGAGGAGCAGUGGCUGCGAGAGUGUUUCCUGACCUUGCAGUGGGCGGUCCACAUGGUCACAUUCAGUCAUUUCCUGUCUGACGAAGCCAGCGUUUACAAAGUGAUCCUGUCUCUGCUCCUGGACUUCCCUGCGACAGAGGAUGUUGCUGAUGUACUGGCUGAGUGUAUAUGUGACCUCAACAACCUGCACCCAGAGGUACAGGAGCGGCUUGACCGGUUGCUGGACACCUGGCAGAGGAUAAUCCUGGCACCAGAAGCUAAGGGAAAACUAGCAGGGAACAGGGAGGAUGGAGGAGGGAACAGUUCAAGUUUGUUUCAACAUGGGAGUCCCAGAGGCAAGAGUCUAAGUGUCUACUACCACAAACAGUGCCUGGUUGUGGAAAAGAUUAUCAAGAAGAAGAAACAGUUCUUCGGUUCAUAUGAAGAAUUUGUCUUUGCAGACAUCAGGGAUGAGUCUAGGAAACCAGGCUAUGAACUUAGCGUUGGCUCUUAUCCAUUUGAAACCAAGAGGCUUUAUGUGGAGUUUUUGGACACUUUUGUCUCCAUCAGUUUUAGCCACAUCUUGGAGUCAGUUUCUGACAAAAACAAGAACUUCAGCCUGCCAAUGUUGCAGGUGUUUUCUACAGACAUUGUUAACAGAGAAAUUAUGAAAUUUGUUGAGGGAAAGUCUAGCUCUGCGCACAAAAAGCAGCAAGAACUCUCUGUGUUCUCUGGUGCUUCGAAAGCCCUGGCUCGGGCAUCCAGCCAGGAAAGAACUCAGUCACCUGCAAGGAAAAACUCAGAGACUUUGGCUCGACCUGUUCCAGGCAGGGGGUAUGGCAGAGAAAUGAUGCAACUCACGGGGAAGAAAGAACAGAAUUUACAAACUGGCAAUUCUGGUGGUCUGUUUCGAGGGAUGAGUAUGGUGGAUCCACAGUCAGAGAAGAGCUACGCUCCUGUCAGAAG